GCCUUGAAACCGUCAAGUUCCAGGUUUGUAUCUUGAAAUUGAGAGCAGAGAGAACUCCAUGUUGUAACAAAGUUGUUAUCAAGAUACUCCCUGUUUACGUUUUCUUUUUUUUUCGUUGUUCGUUUUUAGAUUUUUUUUAUUGUAAUUUUGAAAAAAACAACAUUUAUGCAUAGAGUAGAUUUACAGAGUUAAAGGUCGGGGGGUAAUUAUAAUAGAAUAAUAACUAUUUGAAGCAACAGGCUAUACAGGAAUUUCAGAUCUAAUGGACAAUCACUCCACGUCCAUAAUCACCCAGGUUAGCAGAGAUGAAGAGGUGAAUACCCAUUUGCAAGAAAAAGGUGCCCAGAGUCCGGCCUCCUCCUCCUCCUCCUCUUCCUCCUCGAAGAAGAGGAAGAAUAAGCCUCAAAGCAGGGGUCUUUUCCACAGCCUGUUCUGCUGUUUCUGCCCUGAUGAAUCAGAGCACAUACCAGACAACAGCAAACCACCCCUCCUGGUGGAGGAAAAUGGAAGUGUCUCAAAAGCAGUGAAACCCCUCCUUCCCCAAAUAAGAAGUCAAGAUGUGGGGAAGAUCUGUGUGCUCAUUGACCUAGAUGAAACGCUAGUCCAUAGUUCAUUUAAGCCAGUGAACAACGCUGAUUUUAUCAUUCCUGUUGAAAUUGAUGGGACAGUUCAUCAGGUGUACGUAUUAAAGCGCCCCCAUGUGGAUGAAUUUUUACAGCGCAUGGGUGAGCUCUUCGAGUGUGUGCUGUUCACUGCCAGUUUAGCCAAGUAUGCAGAUCCGGUCUCUGAUUUGCUGGAUAAGUGGGGUACAUUCCGUAGCCGGCUGUUCCGGGAGUCGUGUGUGUUCCACCGCGGUAACUACGUCAAGGAUCUGAGCCGUCUGGGACGUGAUCUCAAGAAGAGCAUCAUCAUAGACAACUCCCCAGCCUCCUACAUCUUCCACCCCGACAACGCCGUGCCUGUAGUUUCCUGGUUUGAUGACAUGUCCGACACAGAGCUGCUCGAUCUCAUCCCUUUCUUUGAAAGACUGAGUAAAGUGGAUGACGUCUACACAGUACUCAAACAGCAGCGGACUAUAAGUUAACAGAAUGGCAGGGCUGUCUGGAUGGGGAGGGGCUGGUGGGCACAGGCUGUACCCCUUCUUCUAACCAAGAAGUCAGAACUACCCUUUUCUUCAUGACCUACCCAGAAUUCCAUUCACAGGAAAGCCUGGUGGAAAAGCUGAGCGGUUGCAAGUUUGGAAAGUGGCAGGGUGGAGCUGUGAAGCACUUCAGAAAAAAAUAUGUAUAGAACAUUUCACACUUGAAUGUGUUAUUCUCUAUUUUUUUGUGUUUUUAUCAUUAUUUUAAGAGAUGAGGAUUGGGGGAUGGAUCUGUCAUAUUAUUAAAGGAAAAAUAUACUAUAAGAAACAUGACCAAAUUUUCGCAAUCUAUGAUAAAAAAUAUAUAUAACGACCUCUGUGUCGUAAAUUCUGAUAUCUCCUGACUUUUAAAAUGGUUUAUAAAAUUCAGUUUUGAAUAUCAUAUUCAUUGCCCGUCCGUUGAUCCCGCUGCUAAAUGAGCGUAUUUAUUGAGAUCAUUCAGAAUCAAAUAAAUUAGCUCAGCAUGUAUUCUACUUUGGUUUUGGUGCAGCAAAUAACCAUACUUGGUGAUGGAAAUAUUACUUAGAUUGUUCCUUUUAACACAUAUUUCUGGAGACUGCAGGCCUGGAAUGGACUAAAAAGUAUUAGAAUUGGGAGUCUAUUCAUGUCCUUUUUUAACAUAUUAUAAAACACCUACUUGCCUUAACAACUUUUGGUUUUCAGUUUUGUUUGAAAACCAUCCUAUUUUUUUUUUCAUUAAAUGUCUUUAAAAUAUAAAGUACUGAUGAGUUUAAAGCUUGUACAAGGAGCUGUGAUUUAGUUGCCCCUGCAUGUGCUUCAACCUUGCCCAUGGGUGGGGAGGUAAUUCAGGAACCAUGACUGUCCGACCUUUAGCCUGUAUGUGAAACUGAUGACAGGAGGAGCCAGUAUGUGCCAAUGUGGGUUAUGUUAUGUGAUGUGGACAUUAAUUUUUCUACACAUGGCAGCAAAAGUCACUAACGGUCCAGUUUGUGUGUGUGUGUGUGUGUGUGUGUGUGUGGUUUAUUUUCUCCUGAUGUUAAAAUACAACAAAUGCCUUUUGUUUGUUUUCUGUUUUUGUGAGGUCUCAAUAUUUUGGUCCCAGUGUGCCACCAAACAGAACCGAGAACUAAAUACAGAGGCCUAAAAGUGUGAGUUGCGUGAAAAUGGCAUUUCAAUAUAUUGUAUGUUAAACCAGCACUACCGUACAAUACUGAGGUCCUUAUCUCGGGAUCCCUUGUGCAUCUUCAUUUGUGAAGUCUAGUUUGUUCAGAUGCCUGAAGCACACCGAUUCAGAAACAGAACGAACCAAGUAAUAAGUAGAAGACUUUAUAGAGGUUAAAUGAUUAUCCUGUUGUCUACUGUAUGUUGGCCCACUCCUGUUUCUCUCUUUGGGACCACUAACAUUGUUUUUUUAUUUGAUUUAUUUUUUUUGUUAUAACCAGGUCUUAAUAAACAUCUUUAAUUGGUUAAGAAGACUUACAAAGUUUAAAGGUGACACAAGUAGAACCAACCAAACCUUUUAUUUGAUACUAUACAUUUAUUCUAGCCAUGGGCACUAUACUCAAAAUAAUUACAAGGCACAGAGAGAAAUAAAUAUAAACAACAAAAUAGUUGUUCUUUCAUAGAAUAUAUUUGUUCUUUCAUAGGUAUUUUUUUUCACUGGUGUAUUAAUGUUUCUAGUAAACUAAAACAAAAGGGCUGUGUGUGUGUGUGUAUAUAUAUAUACACAUAAUUACUAUAUACAGUUGUAGGUUUCAUUUGUAGCAUUUUAAGAUUUGGCUUUCCUCAAUUAUGGGCUUUUCACACCAAGCGCGUAGCAUCAGAGUGUCAGCGUCGGGUUGCUUUCACAGCAAAAGUGUCAAUCAAUCUGAAGCGCUGUCACUGAACACAACAUUUCUUUAAAGUAGAUCAUUAUAUUUUUGUAUCCUUCAGCAUUAAGUACUGUAAUAGAAAUACUCAGGAUCACUAAAGUUUGUGUCUUGCAGAAAAAAUAGUAUACAUUAUACAUUAGUCUGCCGUUGUGGUGCUAUCAUUGCCACGCUGUACAUCAUGACUGUUGAACGUUCAGUGCCUUCCAAUUUGGCACACACACAGACAUACACUGACAACAAUGACUGCUAUCUUUAUAAUUAUUUAUAACCUUGUUUGAACACUUCCUACCUGUUGCUGAUAGAUACAGCGCUUGCUAAUUUAUUGAAACAAAAAAGUAAGGUUGCACCUUGUAUAAAAUAAUUAAAUAAUACCUGCACUUGAUUACUUGCAACUUUUUUGCUCAAUAUUGUGUACCUUGGUAUAUCCUUCCAACUUGUAUUCCCCCGUCCCACCCCAAGUUAUCUGUUAAAAAUAAAUGCCAAACGAAAUACGUUAGACUGCCGUUAAACAUCUUUUUAUGUCCUGCAAAGUGUAGAUAAACGAGAGGUUUAUCUGUUUGUUAGUCUUUUUUUCUGUCUUCUAUGUUCCUGAAACCUCUCUGGUUUGUUUGUUUGUUUAUUAUUAUUAUUAUUAUUAUUUUAAAGUGGCAGUCCUGUAGUCUACUCGGAAACAACCAUUCACAAUUUAAAAAAUACAGUAUAUGCCGUUUUAUUUUGAACACACUAAUAAAAACAAUUAUUUACCAUGUUGAUGUAUAUUUUUCAUACGCUUGCAGAUAAAUGGGAACACAGUUUAUUUUAGACACCUCUGUUUUACACUACGUGACUGGUGUGAAAGCCUCCUAAGAUGUACAGUAAUCGCUGAUGCUUUGAGUCGAGCUUGAUGUGAAAGAACCUUUACUCUUGUCUUGACAACUGUUCCCAUGGAAAUGGGAGUAUCAGCAGAAAUGUUACCAAGCAGAACAAAAAUACUGAAAAAAAGGAAAUACCAGAGAAAUACAAAAUUCACAGUUAAUGAAUGACUAAAUGCCAUUUUCAUUCUACUUACUGUUUUAAAAACUGCAAAUGUACUAGACAAGAGAGCUCAAUACUGGGAUCUUGGCCUGCAAACUUGAUACAAUGGAACGCUCCCUAACCAAACUACUGUCGGUAAUAAACUUGACAAACACAAGACAAAUUAUCAGUAUUAACAAACACAUAGCUCAAUUUCUUGAUUACCAUUUAUUUAAAAUCAGUAUUUUCUCAUGGCGCUAAUAUAGUGCAGAUUUUAGCAUGUCUGCAUUAUUCACUGAUUGGGUUGAAAGGUAGCAGUCGGUGAAAGUGCCAAUGAAAAACAACAAAGCACACGCCCAAAUCGCCUCCUAAAGUUGCCACAAAUUUCACAUUGUAUGAGAAUUGGUAUGGCACACUGUAAUUUGAGGAAAAUGAUUAUAUUGAAAGUAAUCUUAUCUGCAGAGAAUGUACUUAACAUGACAGUCUUGUGCCAUAUGGAGGUUUUCUAGGUAAUAUCUUUUAAGUACCCUUGUAUUGCCCUAAAAAUCUUUUUUUCUCUCUCUCUCUCUAUUUAUAAAUGUUAUGUUCUCAAGUAAAACAACCAUCCAGUGUGUAAAUGUCCCUUCCUGUAAAGAGUCACCCAUCUUUACUCAUAGUGCCUGUGGUACACAUUUGUGUACAUUUUUCAAUCAAUGAACCCUGUCAUGAAACACAAAACAGGUAUCAAUUGUGUUGUACAAGUAAGUCCUGUAGCUCCCUAGACAGAAUCUAGUGGACUCGGCACAAGGUGCGGUUGCCUGGAUGUGUACGAGUUUCUGGUCUACCUGUCAAAUAAUCUAACUUGUAUUUUUCAGUCAGUGAGUAAAUGUUUUCAGAAUUAAAACAAACAAUAUUUUUAACAAUGAAAAUGACUGCAUUACCUCCCAAAGUCUUGGGGCAUUACAGGUAAUAAAAGGCAAAUUUAAUAUGAUGAAAACCAUACAGUGUUGUACAUGAGCAGGCACGAACAAGGAAUUCAAGAGUGUGGAUGUUAUUAAUGUUCUGUAAUAAUUGUUUUUAUUAGUGAGUUCAAAAUGGUAUGAAUGUUUUUAAUGUUUUAAUGCUUAUGGACUUCAGUAAUCCAUCUUUGGGUCUCAGUAGUUUGGUAGUAGCUUCCUAUUGUACUUGAUUACACAGACAUGCCCUCUCUGUGAAAUUGGAUUUAAAAAUAAUGGGCCCAUAAAAUAUAAACACAAGACAAAAUUGGCAUUAAUAUUUGGGAUAUACUAUAUUUUUGAUCUGGAAACACAGUUAUAACCUUGUUGUGAACUUUUUUUUAUGAUUUUGUUUUAUUAAUAUCAUUAUUAUUAAAUAUAUUUUACUGUAUUGAACAUGCUCUCAUAAAUAUAAUACAACCUUUAAUUUUG